GGCACACUCAAAAUAAAAUGGAUAAUGAUUCGAAGAAUAAGCGUCCGGAGUGUAAGACUCCAAUUCCUUUAGAGAAAGAUGCUUCUGAAUUGUUUACAACAACAAUUUUCUAUGAAUUUCAAUAUGAGCUUGAAAUUGGAUGUUUUAAUUGUGGUGUUGAGGAGAUGAAGAAGGACAAUGAGCUUUACAUUUUCAAUUUGAGGGAAGGAACUAGAAGGAGGACUUUUGAUGUUGUUUUUGAUCCAACUACCUUUGAUACCAAGUGUUUUUGUAAAAAAUUUGAACGUGAUGGUGUGCCUUGUAGGCAUAUGAUUUGGGUGUGGAAGGCAAGGAUGUUAGAAAAAAUUCCCAAGGCCUACAUUCUAAAUAGAUGGUGUACAAUGGCUUAUAAGAAGCCCAUUUUUGAUUUAGAGGGUAAUGUGUUGGAGGAAUGUAUUAAUGCAGUAGAUAAGAAAAUGUUAUUAAAUGAUUUGUGGUCUGAAAUUCAUGCUUGUGUGAGUUUAGUGCAAAACAAUGAAUAUGAUCUUAGUGAUCUUGUCAAAAAACUUCGAGCCAUGAGGGUAGAUUUGGAACAGAAGAAAACAAAUGGAAGCAACAAUCUUUCGAGCAAAGUUAAAGACAUUGAAAUGCUUAUUGGAGCUAGUCUACCUUCUAAUGUUUUAAUCAAACCUCCUAAAAUUUCGAAGAACAAAGGCACGGGGGUUCAUGUUCCAAAUCAGGUCAAUGUUCCAAAUGAUGUCCAUGUUCCAAAUCAGGUUCAUGUUCCAAAUCAGGUAAAUGUUCCAAAUGAUGUCCAUGUUCCAAAUGAUGUCCAUGUUCCAAAUGAGGUUCAUGUUCCAAAUAGUGACAAAAGAAUGAAGAGUGACAGAGAAAAGUCUAUUGAACAAAGUCAAAAGAAGAAGAGAUUAUGUAGAGCAUGUGGGGAGCUUGGUUAUCAUGAUAGUCGUAAUUGCCCUGGAAAAGUCAAGUGAUAUUGUUGGUGAAUAUACUAUUAAUCCAGUUGCAUGAGAUGUUAUAUAUUUAGAAACAAUAUCUCAUUUACUAGCACGUAAAAUAUUAUUCAUGUAAUUCUUAAAAUAUAAGAACUCAAUUUAUUUACUUUUAGAAACAAUAUAUUUUUAUUUCUUUUUUGUCCAAUUAUUAUUCAGAGUAUCUCUACUAGUGUUUUUCUUAUCAAUUUUUAUGUUAAUUAAAGUUGAUUAUAAUGUUUUAUAACAUCUCCUGUCUUUUCAUCUUCCCCCCUUUUCGUAAUUAUAAGUUGUUUUAUUAAGUCAAUUUGAACUACGAGUAAUGAUAGUACAAGCAUUUUAGAUACCUUUAUUAAACAACAUUUAGUUGAAUCUUGCUUUAA